AUGGUCUGCAAUGCUGACACUGUGAUCAGCAAUGUUGUGGCAAAAUGGCCUGGCUCAGUCCAUGACUCCAGAAUCUUUCGGGCCUCUGAAAUCUAUCAGUGCCUAUCACAAGGUGAAUUCUCUGGUGUGUUGCUGGGAGACAGGGGGUAUGGCUGUCAGCCUUUUCUCCUGACACCUUUCACAGACCCCCAGGAAGCACAGCAGGCCUACAACCAUGCCCAUGCCAGGGCCAGAGUUGAAAUGACCUUUGGCCUCCUGAAGGCAUGCUUUCACUUCCUUCACAAAUUAAGGGUCAACCCUGUUAGGGCAUGUGAUAUUACUGUGGCUUGUGCUGUCCUCCACAAUGUGGCCUGCCUGAGGAAGGAGAGGGCCCCCAGAGUGCCACCAGCCAUGGACUGGGACAAUCCGGCAAUCUUCCCUGAUGACGACAGUGGUCGGCUGCUGAGGGACCAAUAUGUGUUGAAUUAUUUUAGUUGGUAUGUGUGCUUUCAAUUUAGGUAA